GGCUUUUCGAGCAUCAGUUCUUCUUCCACUCUUCGCGUCUCACAACAAGUCAAAGUCUCUACCUCCAGUACUUCUUUGCUACAUUUCUUUGUUUAGACUCUCAUCUACUUACAACAAAAGACAAUGGAUACCCAGACCCAGAUCACGCCGUCAAAGCAGGCGGCCUCGAGCCUCGAAAACCUCAAAGUCAAGGACAGCCCCAUCAAGAAGCUCAACUUCAACGUUGACGACAAAGAGAACAAUCCUGUUGCUGUCGAUGCCGCUCCAGUAAUGACCGAAAAGCUCGAGCUAGCAAAGGUGCAAGAAGAGGCUCCAAAGUCCGAGGAACAAAACCGACCCAAGACACUGAAAGAGCUGGAAGCAGAAGAAGACCUUCUCAAAGAGAACCCGCACCGAUUUGUUCUCUUUCCCAUCAAGUAUCACGAGAUUUGGAAUCACUACAAGAAGGCAGAAGCCAGCUUCUGGACUGCCGAAGAAGUUGAUCUGUCAAAGGAUCUUCAUGACUGGCACAACCGACUCAACGACGACGAGAGAUACUUCGUCUCCCACGUCCUGGCUUUCUUUGCCGCUUCCGAUGGUAUCGUUAAUGAGAACCUGCUCGAGCGAUUCAGCAACGAGGUGCAGAUACCCGAAGCUCGUUGCUUCUAUGGCUUCCAGAUCAUGAUUGAAAACAUCCACAGCGAGAUGUACUCACUCUUGAUUGAUACUUAUAUCAAAGACCCGAAGCAGAAGACCUACCUGUUCGACGCUAUCGACACAAUCCCAUGUAUUCGCAAGAAGGCCGACUGGGCACUGAAGUGGAUCUCCGACAAGAACUCGUCUUUUGCUCAACGACUUGUUGCUUUCGCUGCAGUUGAGGGUAUCUUCUUCUCUGGCUCAUUCGCCUCUAUCUUCUGGCUCAAGUCUAAGGGCCUCAUGCCCGGCUUGACUUUCUCCAAUGAGUUGAUCUCUCGUGAUGAGGGCAUGCACACCGACUUCGCUUGUCUGUUGAUGCAGCACCUCAAGCACAAGCCGGCUCCAGAGCUGAUCGAGAGGGUCAUCACUGAGGCCGUCACCAUCGAGAAGGAAUUCUUGACGGAUGCUCUGCCAGUGGCCCUCCUCGGAAUGAACGCCAAGCUCAUGCAACAGUACAUCGAAUUCGUCGCCGACCGUCUACUGCUGGCUCUUGGCAACAAGCGGUUCUACAAUGCACAGAAUCCAUUCUCAUUCAUGGAGAACAUCUCCCUCGCCGGUAAGACCAACUUCUUCGAGAAGCGUGUCGGUGACUACCAGAAAGCCGGUGUCAUGACCUCCAAGAGAGAUGAGAAGUCCACAUCUCCAGGCGAGGAGAAGAGUGAAGAAGAUGCCGGCGGCCUCAACUUCAACGAGGAGUUUUAGAUGUACUUGCUCCCAGGGUGUUACGACAUUUGGUUUUUGUUUUUCUCCACGGCGUUGCUAUGGUGUCACGGAAAGGAAAUGACAUAAUGCGGAUUUUAUGGUGUCCUGGAUUUUUCUUCUUUCAUCUUCAAUACCCCUCUCCACUUUCGUCGCACGGCGGAGUAAGGAUAGCAAGGAAAAAAAGAGCCAGUUUGGUCUCACGGUACGCCGUCUAUUCAAUGUGAGGGCGGCUGGGACAACCAACCCGUCAAUUUGUAUGUGUGCGUGUGUGUGUGUGUAUGCAUAGCAGGGCUAGAAAUGGGAUUUGGAUCUGUGCUUUGGAUAUGACGGAAUGCAUUCGCAUGGGGAGAGGGCGAAAAGCAUUCGCCACAUUGACAUUCUACUUUUUUCUGUUUGAGACGAAAAAAGAAAUACAGGGUUUGUCCUUUUUGUCAACGUGAGCAAGGUUUCCCACACGAUUUGCAGACUCGGAGAUGGUUUUUCUGGGUGUUUUUGUUUUUGUUUUUCACUAUUUGCAUAUACAGCCUUGCCCUCGGACCCCUUUCUGUAAAGAGCCUCGCUCGGAACGGCAGCAUAUUGUUUCCGUCCGACCUUUGAGAUCUCUAUUACCUAUACUUCGUAGGAGGUGUACCCUUACCCAGGUACGGAGUAUGCAUACGGGAUUCGUCGAUACCACCUCGGUACUGCGUGAUCGUUCCUGUACUCGUACACUUUGACUCCCG